AUGAAUAGUUUUCUGCUGCUUGUUCUCCUUUGUGUCAGCUGGUUAACUCUGGGUGUUUUCGCGGCCGCUGGCCCAAAAAACUGGACAGGUACCUGCAAAUCUGGAAAGAAACAAUCGCCCAUCAACAUAAAAAUGUCUGACACUAAGUAUGAGAAGAUGACCGAUUUCACACUCACGAAUUACGAUCGACCCUCCUAUCUCAAUUUCACGGCUACAAACAACGGUAAAAUUGGAACAGUUGUAUUUGAAGUCCCUCCGAAUAUCUACAACGUUAGUGGCGGAGGACUGGAAGGUGUUUUCACCACCGUUCAGUUCCACUUUCACUGGGGGUCAAAUGAUUCAAUAGGAUCAGAACACACUUUGGAUGGGAAAGCGUUCGCUGCUGAGUUGCAUUUCGUCAGUUACAACACCAAGUACUCAGAAUUUAAGGAUGCAAAAAACAAAUCAGACGGGCUUGCCGUGCUUGGAGUGUUCAUCGAGGUUGGCGAUAGAAAAAAUCAAGCAUUUUCAUUUUUAGAUGAGUAUCUCGGUGAACUCGUGAACAGCAACUCGUCAGUAAGUAACAUUACUACGUUUGCUCUGGCACCUAUGUUGCCUUGGACCACACUUCAUAAGUUCUUCCGGUAUCAUGGUUCCUUAACAAUUCCUGGUUGUGACGAGAGUGUCACUUGGACACUUUUCAACGACUUCGUGCAGAUCUCACGUGAACAGAUACAGUAUUUACGCAACCUCACAUACGCAUCAGGCAAGAAAAUGGUUAACAAUUAUCGUCCAGUACAGCCGCUCAACACAAGAACCGUGAAGAACAGUUUUCUACAUCCCUCUUGCCCACUGCUAAACUCUGCCAGCAUCAUCAUCGAUAGAAACGCUGGCCUAUUCUCACUGUUGUUGCUCUCUGCACUCUUUAAACACUGAUUAUAUUCGCAGUGAACAUUUUCAUAAGGUCUCCAUUUUUUAAGUAGCUUACUUGGUUGUCGUAGCUUAGACGCGUGUAAACACACUUGUACCAAGAAGCUUAUCUAUCUUUACCGAAUUCUGUCUGAAGACACUCAGACGCAGAAACCAAUUUCAACGGAAGACAAUCAGGGAGCCAAGCUAUUAAGGUUUUCCAACACGCUUUAGAGUUUUUUUUCCGAAUGGUGUUAAAGUAACGCCCUCGGCAUCUUGAAUAUAGAAGUUUUCUGCACUUGCAUGAUGAAGAUAUGAGAGUGAUCUUUGAAGAGUAACGCAGCAAAAUACCUCAUAAGA